AAACCCUUCUUCCCCUCUCUCUCUCUAUUUCUUCCUCUGUUCUCCUGCUUCAUAUCCAUAUUCCAUACUCAAUUACAACCCCUAAACAUCCAUUUUUCUGUUUCUUUUUCCCUUCUUCAAUGGAAGAUGCAGACUUCUUCACCAAACAGCAAAACUUAGUCACAGAGAAAAACCACCCAAACCCAAGCAAGUGCUAUACACAUUUCCUUCAGAAAGCUCUCAUUGUCACAAUUUUCUUCGUUAUACUCCCAUUUUUUCCAUCCCAAGCUCCCGAAUUCAUCAACCAAACCAUACUAAACCGAAGCUGGGAGCUUCUUCACCUUCUUUUCGUCGGUAUUGUCGUCUCCUACGGUCUGUUUAGCCGCCGGAACGAUGAAACGGACAAGGAAAACCAUAGCAAUGUUUCGAAGUUUGAUAAUGCGCAAUCCUAUGUGUCUAGAUUGCUCCACAUCUCCUCUGUUUUUGAUGAUGAUGCGCAGAACGUUUCUGGGUCCGACGAGUACAAGGUCGAAACUUGGAGUAACCGGUAUUACCGGAACGAGCCACCGUUGGUUGUAGUGGCCGAUCCCUCUGUUCAUGUUGACAAACAGAGGAGUUUUGCUCCUUGGAUUGGCGAAAAGCCCUUGCUUUUACCUGUGAGGAGCUUGAAGUCGCCUGUUUUGGACGCCAACGAAACAAGUAAGGAAUCUAUAAACCCUCGUUCUGUGAGUAGGUCUAAUUCCAAUUUGGGCUCGAAAAGGGUUUUGAAUAAACGUAAAAAUGGGGAAUUGGGAAGAUUGGAUCAUGGGAAUUCGGAGGAUAAUGCGAAUGAGGAUGUUGUUCUUCCUUCUCCAAUUCCAUGGCGGUCAAGAUCGGGGAGAAUGGAAGCGAGAGAGGAAACGAGCAGUCUUCCUAAGUAUACUCUGCCUUCUUCAAUGGAGGAAUCCAACUUCAACAGGGUUGAAUCUUGUUCUUUCAGGUCCCGUUCAUCUCUAUCCAAUUCCACCUCUUCUUCUCCGAAAUUGUCCCCUUCCCCGUCGAUAUCCUCUCCGAACAAGUUAUCUCCUUCGCCAUCUUUAUCAGCAGAAUCACAAGCCAGAAGUACAGAGGAUUUGCUGAAAAUGAAGGGCUUUAACCGUUCUCCUCCACCACCGCCACCACUACCACCUUGGCCAAUUGCCCACAAAUUGUCAUCAACGAAACCCAUUUCUAGAAAUGAUGAUGGGGUUUCCUCUGAGGAGAAAUUGCAUAGAAGCUUCAGAAGAGAACGAAGGAACUUGAAAUCAGUGAGAAAAAUCCAACGUUGUGAUUCCAUUGCCGGAUCACAGAAAGUUAGAGAAACUGAGCAACUGAGCUCUGAAAGAGUCACUUUCAUGCCAACACCAACAUACAUAGAAUUCCCAAAGGAAGAGAAACAGGAAUUCGUCCAAAAGGUACUGAUGGUUGAAACAGAAACAGAAGACGAUUCAGUGACUGAGGAGGAAGAUGUUGCUGAAAAAGAAGGUUCUUUUGUUCCAAACCUCGGUUUGGUAAGUUCUGCAAGACAAGGGGAAGCUACUACUUCAAGCAGUGCCAUGGAUGCUGCUUCUGAUGUGGAUAAGAAGGCUGAUGAGUUCAUAGCCAAAAUCAGAGAGCAAAUCAGGCUUCAAAGAAUUGAUUCCAUCAAGAGAUCAAGUAGACAGGUUAGGAGAAAUUUGUCAAGGUAGUGCCGAGUUGCGCGGGAUGGAUUUGUAUUUGGUGUUCAAACCGUUCUUCUUUCCUUUUACCUUCUGGUUUUAGCUUUACUUCAUAGUUCAUAAGACAAAAUCAAAGCUGUUUUUCUAA